AUGGUGUCCAAUGGUCAGGCCAAUGGCCAUAUUUCUCAGGCGUCCUUGAAGACCCCAACAUAUCCCAGCAAUUGCCUCAAAUUCUUAAAUGAUCCACUGGCAGGUGAAGGAACCAUCCCUGCACAGGUCCGCCUAAACAUUAUUGUCGUCGGGGCCGGACUUGGCGGACUAGCAACAGCCAUCGCGCUUGCAAGCUCUGGCCACACCGUGACUGUCUACGAGCAAGCACAGAAGCUCGGAGAAGUCGGCGCUGGUAUCCAAAUCCCAUCCAACUCAACUCGUCUCCUAAGCAGACUCGGCCUAGACCCGUACCUGAAGGAGUAUGUGACUGAGCCCGGGUCCAUUUCUUUCCGACGCUGGCAAUCAGGAGAUGUCAUUGGGCUCACGCAACUCAUCCCGAACUUCCGAGAACAGUUCGGCGCACCAUACUAUGUGAUCCACCGCGCAAACUUCCAUUCUGCGCUGCAUAAACGCGCCCUAGAUCUGGGUGUUACGGUUAAGGUUGCUUCGCGGGUUGUCGGAUAUAAUGUCGAAGGGCCAAGUAUCGUUCUUGGGAAUGGCGAAACUGCUUCGGCUGAUUUGGUCGUUGCCGCUGACGGUGUCAAGUCGGUUGCUCGUGGAACCAUGGACGAGAGCAGCAAGCCAUCUUUCGAGAAGACUGGGUUCGCAGCCUACCGAGCUACUGUAGACGUGGAGCGCAUUAAAGAAGACCCAGAACUUGCUUGGCUGUUGGAAAAGCCAGCUCUCAAUAUCUGGAUUGGCGAUCAACGGCACGUAAUGACAUACACCAUCGGGGCCGGCAAGUCUUUCAACAUGGUUCUUUCGCAUCCAGAUGACAGUGAUCCUUCAACCUGGGAUCAGGUAAAUACUCUCAGUGAUAUGAGGCGCGAGUUCCAGGGAUGGGACAGCCGACUCGAGAAAAUCAUCGGACUCAUCGAAAAAACUAUCAAAUGGCCACUGAUCAGUGGAGUCCCCUUGCCUCGCUGGGUGAAUGGCAAGGUAUUGAUCCUAGGAGAUGCAGCACAUGCAAUGCUGCCUUAUAUGUCACAAGGCGCGGCAAUGGCCGUCGAAGACGGCGCAGCACUCGCACGCUCUCUGUCCAAAAUCGGGAACGCCGCAGACAUCCCCAAAGCAUUGGGUAUUUUCGAGCAGAUCCGCAUUGAGCGAGCUGGAAUGAUGCAGGAGGCGAGUCUUCUGAAUGGAAAGCUGUGGCAUUUCGCCGAUGGGUCGCUUCAGGAAGCCCGUGAUGCAGCUAUGAAGCCUGAGACUUUGGGGUUGCCUUCCAGCCACAGCCCUAACCAGUGGAGUGAUCCGGCGACCCAGAUAUGGUGCUAUGGAUAUGAUGCCGAGCAAGAGAUUGAUCAAGCUUGGAAGUCGGAAUUGUAG